AUGCCUCCCCGAAAUGCGAAGAAAAAGCAGACGCGACUAGCUUUUGCAUCAUCAGCAGCCGGGCCUUCCCAAGAAGCAAACUCCAACCCAAACAGCCGAUAUUCGACAUUGACAUUUAACAAUGCUAAAACAGGGAUAAUCAGUUCUAAAAAGCCCGUGAAAGCUACACCACAAGCUAUAGCAGAGAAGAAACAACCGGAAUCUCGCCAGACUGAGCAGAAUACUUCCAUAUCCAAAAAACUCAGCAAUUCCGCCACGCAAGACACAUCUAAGAACGAACCCUCCGACGAAUCGACCAUCCCCACCUCGAAGAGAAGAAAGCAGCAUGCGCCAACCGCCAAACCCGAAGUGAGGACCGACCAACCACAAAAUACAAGUGCUUUGAAUACUCUGAAGAUGUCUCGCUCGAAAAAAUCGCAGCAAACAUUGCAAAUCCCGCAGAAAGACCCCGCAGUCGCAGACGGCCUCAACCCAUCUCAACCCCGCAGGGCGCCUAAGCGGAAGGCGAGGAGCUCGCCGAUUGAUUUGAGUGACUCAGAUGAGCCUCCGGUCUCUAAUGCCUCAAAGAAAGCUACACCUGCCCAGCAGCGAGGGUCCUCAAGCUCACCGCUUGUGCUGAGUGAGGACGAGGAUGAUAACGAAAUUGUGGCCCCUUCCACCGCCAGGAAGCGCAGAACAAGACCUGUUAUUACUCACGAGCAAAGUGACGAUUCCGACGAACCCGUUCCAUCGUCUCCCAUGAAGAGGCUUAGACGUGGACCUGAUACCGAAAACACCCAGAUUCCCCAAACACCUCGUCAUACUUCAAAACAGGCUAAGCUUGACAUAGAGGAGGACCUGGAGGAUCUUCAAGAUUCAGUCGUGAAAAAGACUCGCACCCGUGGUCGAAAUGUCGAAUCCGCGCGCGAUAAAAGGCUAAAGCAACUUGAUGUGCUGCGCCGCAGACGGGCUGGUCUGAAGGAGGAAAGCGAAGAUGAAGAACAAUCAGGUUCCGACGUGGAAGAAAUCGAAGACCCUGGCACCGGCAACAGUCCAUCUGGCGAAGGUCUCUGGAAGCAUCACGAAGAGAACAGCGACGAAGAGUCGGCCAUUGACCCCAACGAGGAUCUGGAUCGAUAUGAAGACGACUUCGUUCUGGAAGACGGAAAAGAUGAUCUAGGUGUUCCAACGGAGGAAAUUCCGUUCGAAUUUACUCGCCAUGCAUACAAACAACCAAAGGAAUACUUCCGAGAUGUCAUUGGCUGGAUGGUUCAGAACAAACUUAACCCAGCUUUCCCUCGCUCAGACGCCAUGUACGAGAUGGCAUUCAUGAAGCUCGAGGACGAAGUCAAGGGUCGAGCCGGAUCUCAGCUUAUCUCUUCUGUGUGGACACCGGCUUUCGUCUACGCCCUCCAAGCCCGACCACACAUGGAUGUUUCUGCGUACCCCACGGAGGAUAACCAUUCCUGUGAUGCGUGUAGACGAUCUGGUCACCCGGCUUCUGCCGACAUGAAGCUCUACGGAAAACCAUACUCGCUUCAAACUCUGGAGCCUUUGGAGGACGAAGAUGACAGUGACAGCGACAGUAAUGGCCAGUCUAGCAAAGCUACUGACGAUGGGAAAGAGCGUGAUCGAAAUGGCCAUGUCCUUCCCGAUGAAAAUGGUCAUUUCUAUCUGGGAAAGCAGUGCAAAUCAAGAGCUCAGCUCGCUCACACACUUACGCACUGGCGCUAUCAUCUCAAUGAGUGGGUCAUUGACCAUCUCGAGCGCAUGGGCCUCAUGGUGGACGACGAAAUUCUGAGACGCAACAAUCUGAGCGUUAAGCGAAGGACCCGGAAUGCAAAUGAUGUUCUUGAUAUGAUGGUCACGACUGGUGAAGUCGAGAAGCUCUGGCGUGAUUUCCAUCUUAAUCUCAAGUCUGCUCGUGAAAAAGAGGUAUGUUGUCCUGCUCCAUCCUGCUCUAUUGUCAAAACUGUCGAUACUGAUAUUGUCUAUCAUCUGAUUAGUCCAUCUAUGGUUGAUUCAGUCUCUGCAUUGCUUUUCCCUAGCAUCCCGUGCUGCUUUGCAACUCAAAAGGCUACGAUCGACCAACAUCCACCAGCGAACUGCUUUCCAAACAAAAAAAGGAGUUUCUCCCUCCCCUUCUUGCACAAAGCCCUGUUAUGA